AUGUCAGAUUCAGCAAACUUGGGUUUGCUGAACAAGGCGACAAUCUCCUACGAAUAUCUCCAUUCAAACAGUACAACACACGACUAUUUGCUGGGAGCGAUCGCAGAAUUGGUGGAUAAUUCCAGAGAUGCGAGAGCGAAAAAUUUGAAAAUUGAUUUUGGUGAGACCCCGGAAACAUGUGAAAAUUUUAUUUUGCAAAAAUAUUUAUAGAUCGUGAAGAAGAAUAUUUGUCACUUUUGGACGAUGGAUGUGGAAUGACGAAACGAGAAACGGAAACCGUUUUAUCGUUUGGUUUUUCGAAUAAAAGAAAUAUGGAAGGAAUGAUUGGACAGUAUGGAAAUGGAUUGAAAUCGUUAGUUUUCUAAGUAGAAAAAUAUUGUUCUUUAAAAAAAUCAAAAUAUAUAUUCAGAGGUGCAAUGCGUAUAGCUAAUGACAUGAUUCUGCUAACCAAAAAAGAUGGACAAUUCACAUGUCUUCUAUUAUCCCGAACAUUUCACAAAGAACACAAUCUUGGUGAUGUUCUUGUCCCAAGUCCCACUUUCAACGCCGAAGAUCGUCAUAUGAUGUGUCGAAGUGACGAGGAAAUCAAGAAACAUCGCUUGGAAAUGGAAUUGAUUUAUAAAUACUCACCAUUUCACGGGCAAGACCAAUUAUUCGCGCAAUUUGAUAAAAUCGCCGGGGAAAGUGGAACACUGAUUGUUUUGUAUAAUCUACGCCGAUUACUCUCCGGAGAUCUGGAAUUGGAUCUGAAGAGUUCCGAAGAUGAUAUUCGACUAGCUGAUUCGGAAGAACAUCGUGAAGACGAAUAUAAUUCUUUGCGAUCAUAUUUAUCGGUUUUGUAUUUGGAGCCAAGGAUGAAAAUCUACCUUCGAGGGAAAAAGAUUCAAUUGACAAGAUUGACUUCGAAUUUGCUGAUGAAAUAUAAAUAUACACAUUUGGGAAAGAAUUUGAAAGCUUGUGCUAAGAAAGAGCAUGAAGCUUGUCUAGUUGCAUUGAAAGCUGGUAUGUCUAAAUGACAUUUUUUAAGCAAAUGAGUUGAAAUAUUAUUGAAUUAAAAACACGUGAGAAAUAAAAAACUAGGUCAAGUGACGUGGAUUUAAAAACAGUAUAGGUAGCCAUGUCGUCAGUUGCGAUGCGUGUGGGCGACACGUUUUUAGAAAUGAAAAUUUGACAAAUCCAAUGGAAAAUAUCGAGGUCAACACGCAACGCAGAACCGCAUCGCAACUGACGACAUGGCUACCUAUACUGUUUUUAAAUCCACAUCACUUGACCUAGUUUUUUAUUUCUCACGUGUUUUUAAUUCAACAAUAUCGGGUUUUAAUGUUAUUCAUAUGAUAGAAUGGUGUAAGACGAAGAGAAUCAUAUAAAUUUUGAUGACUUUAGGUUAACGAUUAGUGAUUUAGCGACUUUCAGUCGAAUUUUUCGUUCAAGACUCCCUAAAUCACUUAUGAGUUACCCAAAGUCAUCAAAAUUUAUAUCAUUCUGUUCGUCUUGGACCAUUCUAUCAUAUGAAUAACAUUAGAACACAGUAUUUCAACUCACUUUCUUGAAAAAUGUCGAUGUUCCACUAUGGAACACGUUUCCUUAUAUAGUUGGACAUCGACUAAAUGACAUUUUCAUGUUUUUUAAGCAAAUGAGUUGAAAUAUUGGGCUUUGAUGUUAUUCAUAUGAUAGAAUGCUCUAAGACGAACAGAAUGAUAUAAAUUUUGAUGACUUUGGGUAACUCAUGAGUGAUUUAGCGAGGUUUAGUCGAAUUUUUCGUUCAAGACUCCCUAAAUCACUUAUGAGUUACCCAAAGUCAUCAAAAUUUAUAUCAUUCUGUUUGUCUUAGACCAUUCUAUCAUACGAAUAACAUUAGAACCCAAUAUUUCAACUCAUUUGUUUGAAAAAACAUGAAAUGUCAUUUAAUCAUUGUAAAUUAUUGCAAAAAUUGCUUUUUUCCAGCGCAAGAUCGACUUUUGGUAGCUGAAUCUGAUUUCGGGAGACAUGCCAAUUUAGAAAUCCCAAUAAGCGAUAAAAACGGGCGACUUGAGCGAAGAAAUCUUGGAUUAGCAGUUGACCGCGAAAAACAGGCUGUGAAAGAAUGUAAAGAGCGAGAAGUGAAGGCGAAAAAAGCGAUUUCAAACCCGCAAGCAUUGGAAAUUGUAUUCGGGUUGAAUAUCCAUCAUCGAAAUCGAUAUGGUUGCAUGUUUUAUAAUAAUGGUCGACUGAUUUUGGCCUAUCAGAAAGGAUAUGCGCAGACGGAGAAGAAUGAUUUGAUGAUGUGAGACUUUGUCUGAAAAUUUUACUCCUAAUAUGAGUUAUGACGCUGAAAGUGACUUCAAAAAUGAAUUUCAUGAAAAUCUGAUAGCACAGCGUUUUUCAAAAGGCUGUUUUACAUGAGUAUAGAAGGUUUUCUGAGCCCGCCAUUCCUGAAACGCUGAAUUUAACCAGCACAUCGUGCCAAGACCCAUUUAAAGGGCACAUUUUCUCUUUAUAUAUAGAAAACUGUUAUAUAUAAAGAGAGAAUACGCCCUUUAAAUGGGUCUUGGCACGCUGAGCUGGUUAAAUUCCGCGUCUCAGGAAUGGCGGGCUCAGAAAAUCUUCUACACUUGUGUAAAAUACCCUUCUGAAGAACGCGGUGCUAUCAGAUUUUCGUGAAAUUCAUUUUUGAAGUCGGUUAUAGCUUGUAAAAAACAUUACGUCGUCAGUCGCGUGCGGCUGUGCGUCGCGGUCGCUUCCAGACCGCGACGCACAGCCGCACGCAACUGACGACGUAAUGUUUUUUAACUUUGCCACGUCAUAACUCAUAUUUUGGGCCUAUAAUAUUUUGUAAUAAAAAACCAUAUUUUUCCAAUGCAGAAAAACGUCGAAAAUAUACAGUUUAUUAUUUUUGAUUAGAGACAACUUGAAAUUGAGAGAGUGCAGACAGAAGAAUUGGUUUUCUGUCUGCACUCUCUCAAUUUCACAUUGUCUCUACUCAAAAAUAAUGUUAUGACGUGGCAAAAUAUAGUUAAUUUUUGCAGGCAAUGUUUGGGUGUUGUUGGAAUCGUCGAUGUUCCAUAUUCCGUCCUCGCACCAACACAUAAUAAACAAAAAUUCGAAAAUCAACGAGAAUUCCUCGGAUUACUGAAAGCUGUCAACGAUCUAAUGCUCAAAUACUGGAAAGCGAUUCUGAUCGGCGACAGUCCAUCAGGAAUCAAACAUUUCUGGAAGAAAUUCGGAUACAACAAUGCCGAUUGGACAGCCCAACCACAAGCGGAUAAAGAUGGGAAGAGUGCGAGAUAUGAGGCAUUGGGUUUCUGUAUUCAAUGUGACAAAUGUUUGAAAUGGCGGCAGAUUAAAAUGCAGAUGAAAUAUAUGAAUUAUGGUGUGCCGGAUGAAUGGACGUGUGCGGAUAAUCCCAAUUCAAUGCACAGAUCGUGUAAUCAGGUGGAAGAGUUUGAGAAAAUUCGAUGUGGUGUUGGAAUUGUUGAGAAACAAAUUGAGGCGGUGAUUCCGGCUGCUAAAAAAUCAAUCAAACCUGAAAUCGAUUUACCAAGAGCUGCUGAGAAGCGAAAAACAUCUGAAAACUUAGUUAGCUCAACUUCCUCAGCUCGCAAGCCAGCGAGAAAUUAUCGAGAAGAAUCGGAGGAAGAAGAUUCAGAAGAGGAAGAAGAGCCGGCCCCGAAAAAAUCUGCGAGAAAAAUCGAGAAACCUCCAGCAAGACCUUCAACUUCAGCAGCAACUUCAGCACAAAAGAAAACACCAGCUAGAAAAUCAGUAGUUCUGGAAAGUUCGGAUGAAGAAGAGUUCGAGGAACCGCCAAGGCCAUCUUCAAAAAGAUCUGCACCUCCGAAACCAUCGGCUCCGAGUGCGAUCUCUAGUUCAAGUUCAAGUUCAACGAGAUCUGGAAGAGUUUCGGUGCCGGUUGUGAAGAAAACAACAGCGAUUGCAAAGCCGCCACCACCAGUUGUGCAAGCUCAAAGAAGUAAGAUUUUUGGGGCCUGCAAAAUGCUCCGUGAGCCCAAAGGGGACUAGGAUUUGAAUCCUGUGAACCUAGUCCCCCACUGAGCAAUUUUGUGACUUAAAAUCAAAGUUUAUGCUUUUUAGAAGUCACAAAAAUCCGCCAUGAGCUCAAAAACAACAGAGGGACUAGGAUUUGAACCUGAAAAACUAGUCCCUCUGUUGUACGUGGCUUUUAAAAUUUUCAGACAAAAAAUCUGGAAUUCUGAAAAUGCCAACUUGCCACUUGGUUUUCGGAAUUUUGAAAAAAAAAACAUUUUUUUUUGAAAUUCGGGAAAAAUUUUUGAACAGAAUUUUUUUGCGAUCAAAAUUGGGUAGCUCUGAAAAUGUCACGUGGAUUUUCAGGUCUGAAAAUUUUGAAUUUUGAAAAUUUUUGAACUGAGAAAUUUGCCACGUGGCUUUUAAAAAACUUUUUUUUUCUGAUUUCUAAAAUUUUCAGACCUGAAAAUCCACGUGGCAUUUUCAGAGCUCUCAAAUAUUUCAAAGCUUUUAAAAAAUAUCAGAGCUACAAAUUUUUUUUUCAAAAAUUUUUCCCGAAUUUCAAAAAAAAAUGUUUUGUUUUUCAAAAUUCCUAAAACCACGUGGCAAGUUGGCAAGUUUCUGAGUUCCAGAUUUUUUGUCUGAAAAUUUUAAAAGCCACGUGGAGUUACCGUAACUCAUGGAAGAAAUGUGAGAUGAAUAUCGAUUUUUUGUGAAAAUGACGUGUUUUUUGAGAGAAAAAGUUACCGUAACUCACAAAAUUCAAAUUCAAAUUUUCAGAUGGAACAUCAACCAGAAAACCAGUUUCUUCAGAACCACCAUUGGAAAUAUCGGAACGAUUGGAAUUAACGAAAAAAGUAAAUUUUUUUUUGAAAAAAUUUUUUUAGAACUUAGCUGAACUCUAAACUUUUAUUUUCAGACUGAUGCUUUGAAAAAAUCGAAUGCGUUGAUUCGAGAUUUCCUCAAACAAUUAGCCAAAAAAGGAGCAAAUGAUGCCGAUAAAGCACUUCGACUUUCCGACGAGAAACUUCGAGAAACACUGGAUCCUGAAAGAUUGGUUGAAGAUUUUUGGAAAGAAAAGCAUGUUGAGCCAAUGCGAAAAGUGCGCGAGCAAGGCCUGUCCGAAAAACGAGGUCUCGUUUCUCCGGUCGUUGAACAAGUUGAAGUUUUGCCGGAAAAGCAUAAGAAAUUGUUGAACUCAUCGAUUACUAUAUUACAAUGGCUUGUUGAACAUUAUCAUCAAGAUUUGAAAUUGGUUGGUUUUUUUGGGGCUGGGGAAAUUUUCCUGGAAAUUUUCGGCUUAAAAAAUUGAAAAAUCACUAUUUUGUCACCAAAAAUUGAAAUUUUGGUUCAAAAUUAGGGAAAAAACACAAAAAAUUGAGCAUUGCUCAUGUUAGCCUACAAAAGAUUUGUUUUUGCCACGUGGCAUCUUUGAAAAUUGAAAUUUUGAUUCAAAAUCAAGAAAAAACACGUGGCACCUUUGUAUUGCUCAUAUUAAACUCUGAACGAUUGGGCAUUGCUCAUGUUAGCCUUCAAAAAUGAGAAAUCUAGCAGAAAGCAUAGAAUUGUUCAUAUUAAACAUUGUAGAAUGAGUCCUGAAAAAUUCUAAAUUUGUGUAAGCUAACAUGAGCAAUGCUCAAAGUUUAAAAUGAGCAACACGGGACUUCAAAUUUUGAAGAAUUCUCAAUUUUUGCCACGUGGCAUCUGAUUGUGAGAAAUUUGAUGCGAAAUCUUUUUUUUUUUCUGAAAUUUUUAUCAAAAAUAAUCCUAAAUUUGAAAAAAUUGGUUUUUUUUUCAAAAAUUUUCCUGAAUUGUUGAUUAGAAAAUUUUAAAUUCCGAAAAAAAUACAUUUUUGACAUCGAAAAUUGCACAGUUAUCUGGAAUUUUCAUAGAAAAAAUCUGAAAUUUUCAAAAUUUUUCCAGCCCGACACUUUUGUCGUCGACGAACAAUCAGUUUUCGAAGUUGCCGAAAAAAUGUGCGAAGUUGUGAUGGUCCCACCGCCAGAAGAAGAUUCGGAAGGAGUUGUUGAAGAAAAUGGUGAUAUUUCGAUCUGA